AUGAGGCAAAAAAUGGAGAUGAUGAUGUAUCAGAUGAAGAAUUGGGAUAGCUGUGACUGCAGUCUUCUGACUGUAGGGAGCAAAAAGCUCUUAGCUGAAUCUUUACAUCCUGAGGGAGUUAAUAUCUUUACUGGCAAAGAUGAUAUAGGCAAGCCCUUUAAAUUUGAUCUUUGUCUGUAUUUACAGGUAACUGAGCUGAACGAGCCUCUCUCAAAUGAGGAUAGAAACCUGCUGUCUGUAGCCUACAAGAAUGUGGUUGGAGCUAGACGAUCCUCCUGGCGUGUCAUCAGCAGCAUAGAGCAGAAGACUAUGGCAGAUGGGAACGAGAAGAAGCUGGAGAAGGUUAAAGCCUACAGGGAGAAGAUAGAAAAGGAGCUUGAGACAGUCUGCAAUGAUGUUUUGGCCCUCCUAGAUAAAUACCUGAUCAAGAACUGCAAUGACUUCCAGUAUGAGAGCAAGGUCUUUUAUCUGAAAAUGAAAGGGGAUUACUACCGCUAUUUGGCAGAAGUUGCUGCUGGAGAGAAGAAGAACAGUGUUGUGGAGGCCUCAGAAGCUGCCUAUAAAGAGGCUUUUGAAAUCAGCAAAGAGCACAUGCAACCCACUCACCCAAUUAGGCUCGGGCUGGCUCUGAAUUUCUCAGUGUUCUACUACGAAAUCCAGAAUGCUCCUGAGCAGGCCUGCCUUUUAGCCAAACAAGCCUUUGAUGAUGCCAUAGCAGAGCUGGACACACUAAAUGAGGAUUCCUACAAGGACUCCACUCUCAUCAUGCAGUUACUUCGAGAUAACCUCACUCUGUGGACGAGUGAUCAGCAAGAUGAAGAAGCAGGAGAGGGCAAUAAUUAAAAAGCUUUCCUCUAAUCCCUCUUUCAUCCACUUCACCAUCCCCAUCAUCACCAAUAUUUCCUUGCCACAGUCACACUAAAUAUCUAGUGCUAAGCAUAUCUGUAUUGUACAGCUGUUCAGAUCUGCUGUCCACUUUAUCAAGAAGCAGUUUCAGAUGAGUCUUCAUGGGCAUUGAUGGAUUGAUUGGUUUAUUGGCCCUAUUUAUCUUAGUUGCACUUGAGCAGUGCAGAAAGAUGCAUAGUAAACGAGGCAGUUUUAGGUUGCCUGUUGAUUGGAAAAUAUGGGAAAGAAUAAUGGAAAGUGGUUGAAGAUAACUAGAUUCCAGUUAAAUUUUGUUUCCAUUUGAAAUGAGCUGACAGUUCUGUUAAGCAGUACAUUUUGUGCAUGCAGAGUAAAUUAGCCACCCCAAAUUUUUUUCAGUCAAUGAAGAGUUAAGCUGAUGUGAAAUGACAACUCUGUUCAUCAGUUUACAAUAAACUAAUUGACAUGUGAGGUUUCUGUAGCAAUUUUUUUUGCCUCUAACUUAUGUGCACAGUUUCUUUUAAUGCAGUGCAUCUACCUAAGAGUUUUGAUACUUGUAACCUUUUGCAGUUGUUUUGAAGAAUCAUGAAUUUAUUUUUUGUAAACUCUUUGGCUGUUUAGUUGUCUGUGUUUUAUGACAACACUAUGUCAAUAUUAGCCCAUGUUAAGAUGGAUGACUGAGAUGCCAGACUUCUCAAUUAAAUGUUUUGGAAUUAAAUGAAUAAAAAUAAAAUGCUGCUUCUGGGAUGUUAUCUCUA